CACCGGCCGUGUUGUCAAAGAAAGAUGACCUGAACAGAGCAUCUGAUGUACUUUCUGUGCCGCUCUGGAGCGAUGUGCAUCUGCGGUUCUAUAUCGGCACAGAGGAGACGUCGGAGUUGGGCGUAGCAACACCAAUUAUAAGGCGAAACCUCGUCGCGGAGCUAUGCAAAGUGGAAGCUAAAACUAGUACGACACGAACAGAUAGUAAUCCCACAACUAGAGCACUCUCAACCUAUCAGUUUCAGGAAGGACGGUCAGCCUCGUCGAGUUCAUCGUCUCCGAAAGCAUCCUCAAAGCAAGAAUCAGAGACCACCACUUAUGCGUCCGACCUUCGUGAACUCCUUACAUACGUAUGUGGAAAGUUUGGCGUGGUUGCCGCUUGUCGUUACGCUUUGGCGCUACGCCCUUUGCGUGACGCAGCACUGCACUGGUGCGCACAGAUGCUGGCAGAGCAUGGUAGUAAAUGGGUCCUGCACUCUCUCAUAGAGCGGUUACCGGACCACGAAACGAUUCCUUCACCGGUCCACUUUAUAUGCUAUUGCAGGAUGACGGAUUUCGCGAGACGCGGAGUCGUGAAGGGGAAACAAGGCAAAGAAAAAAACCCUGCACCAUCUUCAGCUUCCUCACCUUCUGAGCGUAAACAGAGCCGCGGCACGACCGACUUAGUUGUCCAAAGCACAACAGGCCAAAGCACAAAUUCAGCAAAGACUGGUAGCAGUACAAGUGAGAUCCGAUUCGGGUUUAUGCUGACGACUUCGCCUGCCACACUAACUACCGCUAGUUUAUCCGGAAGAAGUCAAGCUCCCUCAACUGUUACUGUGCGCGAUCUGACUGCCGGCCUAGUAGAGAUUUCAUCAUCAGGCGCAAUCCAUCGCGUCGGAGGUUCGCGAUUGACUAAAUUCGAAGAAAUGCGUGGAAAUCGAAAGGACGACCACUCUGAUAAUUUUGUUCUGAGCAAGCGUGCUUUCGACAAGCAAAAGCAAAUUCUUGAAGCAGGGCAGAAAAAAAGCUGGCUUGGGACUUUCACGUUUCCAAGUAGUAGUACGAUGAUGGCACCAGAGCAGCACGGAGCUGGAGGUGCGGGAGCAGCUGAAGAGUUCAGCAGUAGAGGGGACAAUCCGACAUCUCAACAAGGGACAAAAACAUUGUUGCUGCCCUUGCAAGAUCAACAUAUUAUUCCUACUUCCUGCAAGACUCGCGGAGGAGAGUCUUCUAGCGCAAAAGCGGUAGUAAGUCACAAAAGCCAUGGCGGGGACAAGAGUCGGGGAGAUGGGCAGCGCUCAGCCAUCGGCGGCAUACAUGUAGAGUUAGCAGCUGAUGCGCAGAGCUACGAUUUCAAUUCUAGAUUUGAUAUCGAUGCUUUCGAUGAAGAUAAGAAGGCGGCAGAAGAGGCGACGAGGACAAGUGAAAACAACAAGAAAGUUGAUGACAAUGUAGAAGGCGCGACAGGUGCCAUAUCACAGCACGACGCUCAGUACUUAUCCGUGCCACAGCUUGGAGGAUGCGUAGUAGUACCAGAGCAAAAUGAGCAUGAAGCUCGAAGCGCCAUUCUUCCUAUUUCUCUGCCAUCCCCAGACUACAUCGCAGGAGUGCGAUGCCUUUACCAAAUCGUCUCGAUAUGUGGCUUCAGAUCCAGACGAGCGCGUCUGAUUUCUUUCUCACCUUCCAACGAAGAAGCCCGCAAAGUGGCAGCAGGGCUGAGCAGAGGCGUACCUGUGUACUGCCAUGUCGCGGAUCCUGAUAUCACAUCGGAGGACGAGGUAGGCGACCACGAUCGGAAUGACGACGGGAAUGAAAAUGUCCAACCAGCACCAAAAGAAGCACUAUCUUCAUCAUCAUCUAGUGGACGUUUCUUGCUUCGAAAGCUGCGAGCGGAACGUGAUGGCGAACAACACUCUCAUGAGUCAGCGCCUCGCGCUAUGGAAGCAGAAAUCGGCACCACUGAAGGAGGAGGUGUUGAAGCAGAACCGGUUGAGGACAGUAGAACUUCUACAUCAGCAGUAGAUUCUAAAAGCAUACUCUCGACAGACCACCUCCUAGGAGAGGGCGGUGCGCAUUUUCAAACCUACUACGCAGAACCUGUAGCGUGUGCAGUGCGUGUGCAUGGUGGAGACCGUACGCUGUGUUUCCAGCUCCAUCAGAACGGCUGGAUAUCUGUGAAAUUCACAGACGCAGGUGCUCCAUAUAAGCUUCCACGAAGACUUGUGCGUGCGGCUGCAGCCUCAAUAGUAGAUUCUCGAAUACCUGUUGAUCUUGAAGAAGUACAAGCUGAAUCCAGGAAAAAACUUCUCAUUGAGGCCGCUUCCGAUGCUUUUGCAUAUUUCACUGCGGAUAGUGUGCUCGAAAGUCUGUCUGCGGAAGCUGAGGUAGGUGAAAUGCUCUAUGAAGAGGAUCAUGCCGUUCUUGAUCUUGAAGGACGUGAUGAAGGGGAUGAAGAAAAACUGUCAGGAGAGGCAACGGAUCAUAAGAAGACUGCAGACCUAGAGCCAGAGGAUUUGCGUCUCUUCGGUUUAGGUCCUUCCCCAUCCAGACAAGCGUCCUCAGCAGUAAACAAGCACCAACUAGUCGCGACUAAAGAGACGAAGCGGCCACGUGGAAGAUACGUAACGCAGAAAGGAAUGCGGGAACGUGAGAUCUUCUUGCUUGCUAAGGCAAACGCACGCUUAUUUGCUGAGAAGAAGGACUCGGAAGUGUCAGCACUCCUCUUCCGAAAUGCCUACACUAGCGACUUGCAACAGAGAGUUGUAACUCCUGUGACUUCGCCCCAUCAAAACUCUGUGGUGCAACAGUUAAGUGACGACGACGUAGAUCUGCAAGACGACUCAGUUCCUCCAGAUGAACCUCAAGGCAUCCUUCUCAACCGGUUCAGCAACCUGGUUAACUUCCUCCUCGACCUCUCCAUGCAGGGUUGUCCCACAGCUGCUGAGCCGUAUCUUCGUGAAGCACUGUGUCCGGGUUUUGAGUUCGCCUUUUUACGUGCGGAUUGGCACAACAAGGGUCGAACAGAAAAAGAAGAUAUUAAAGCUAUUGUUUGGACGCAAGAAGCGGAGGUAGCCCUUGUCUCCUGGGAUACAGAAACAGAAGAAUUUAUCAGAAGAAGAUACGACUUUUGGCGCUAGUAUACUAGAUGCUCCUGAUGCGCUAGUAUGGACGCUUCUUGUAUCUAUAUGUUAGUUCCAUAUUUAUUCAACAAUCAAUAGCCAUUCUUUCGGACCAGG